AUGACAGAAAGGAUAGAACCUAUAGAAAGGGAACAGGCAAAUAUUCCGGUUCUUCCUGUGGGAGGAGGCAAGAGAAGGUCAAUUAUUGCAUGCAUAAGAUGUCGGAAGAGACACAUCAAAUGCGAUGGAACAGGACCUCCUUGCUCUAAAUGCAAGCAGUCUGGGUCAAAGUGCGAAUAUGUUGAAGGAGAAAAGAAGGUGGUGAUCUCUAUGAAAUAUUUAAAUCGUCUGCACGAAGAAAUCCUUCGUUUGAAGAUCGAGAAUGCCAGCCUUCGCAACGCCACUAAGAAAGACGACCGGGGCCUAGAUUCGAUUCAGAAGAAGUCCACAGGUGACGACUUACUCAGAGCGGCCGUGGCUGCUCAAGGAGGAGAAAUGAGACCAGAAUUUACUAUCGAGAACGACAGUUUGAACACCGAAAACGAUACCAGGUCAGAGGUGAUCCCUCCAUUCUUGGAUGAGUAUGGAAGACUCAUUCAUUCACGUACAGGAGAACGUAUAUACAUAGGAUCAUCUUCUAUGACACUUUUUGGAUUGGAGAUCAAUCGACUUGUGACAGGAAUUGAUCGUGGCGCUUUAGCAGCAGGCUCUGGAGCGGAAACUAUACUUGAACGUGAAGGUAAUGCCUAUAGGAUUAUGCUAGGGAAGACUCAUACACGUCCUGGAAUUGAUGUCAACUUCACCCUACCCAGCUAUAGCUAUGCUAUGCUACUUGUUGAUUCGUUUAUCUCCUACAACGAUGGAUGCUUCUACUUUUUCAACGAGGGAUUGGUCAAAGAGGGCCUUAGAAGGGUGUACAAUGAAGAUCCUAGCAAACAAUUUAAACCUGACUAUGGCACUUCCACUUCAUCUGAUUCUUUGGAAAGCGAAUCCACUUUAGAGACCAUUUGGUUUUGUAAAGUUCUGCUCAUAUUUGCCAUUGGAGAGAUGUAUUUAGGUACUGCUAACGACUUGAAUGGAUACAAACUUUCUGAAAAGCUCCGGCCAAAUAAGAGGCAGAAGAUCGAAUCCGAUUCUUUUGGUUCGAACACUACCAAGCUCCCUGGUUCUGGCUUCUUUAACCAGGCCAGUGAGCUCUUUACUGGCUUGUUUGCCAGUGGUGCAAUAGAUAACUGCGCUCGCGAAGGUGGUAUCGAAGUUCUCUUAUUGUAUGCAUUCUAUCUUCAAGUAGCCGAUUGCACGGUGGCUUCAUACUUCUAUUUUGGUCUUGCUCUGCGUGCCUCUCUAAUACUUGGCCUUCAUGUAGACGCCGGCAGGGAUACGCUCAAUAGAUACGAAUUAGAGCACAGAAGAAGACUUUGGUGGACCGUUUAUAUGUAUGAGCGGAUGCUUGCCUCUAAGGCCGGUCUUCCCUUAUCUUUGACGGAUGAUGAUAUCUCCACCGAACUUCCGGACGAUUUUGAUAUGUCUAAUCCGUGCAAGGGCUGCGAGAACUAUGUGUUCCCAGAGGCAGAGUUCAUUCGUAACUGUGUCAAAAUCACUCAGAUUAACACCCGAAUCUUGAGAAAACUCUAUACGCGUCAUCCUUCCUCGAAUAUCUUGCCCGUGGUUCACGAAUUGGUGACGAGCCUUCUGCACUGGAAGCGCGAUCUCCCUGACUACAUCAACUGCGACUUUUCUGCAUCGGAUCUUCAGAUCAGCAGACUAGUUGUCAAUCUUAUGACGGAGUAUUUUCAAGGAGUCAACCUGGCUGUCAGGCCGCUUCUCUUCCACUUUGUCAUGCUCAAUCUGAAAUCGCGGCAUGGGCAGUUUGUUGAUUUAUCCAAAUACUCUUCCGUUAUUCUUACUCUUCUCAAUGCCUCUUUCCAGGCUUCCAUCAACACUAUUCGUUCCUUAUGGGCUUUACUGCCAGAUAAUAUGAUUGCCAUGUUUGGAUACAUGGAUCGUGAAUAUCUUUUCACAUCGACAGUCGCUCUUAUUCUAUUCAAUUCGACAUUCGGCGUCCAUGCGGCUACUUUACAGCAUCUUGAUCAUGCCCUCACUAUUUUCACGAAGAUGCGUAAUUUGGGAAACCAUCCUGCUACUUUGCGUAGAGCUCAAAUCCUUAGACUUCUUACCAUCUUAGAUUUUCACGGUGCCAUGAAGGGACUCAUUCAGAAACACUCUGACCAUGUGAUUGCUCCUGAUUCUGCAUUAAAUUCUUUGCGGGACAGCUCCAAUGACUUUGUCUCCCUCAAACCAUCUUCACAGAAACAACCGCAUGAACUGACGGCCAUUUCCUCUUUUAUGCCUACUCCACAACCUUCUGACUUGACUACUACACACAGCGGGAAGCAGAGUCCUAUCGUAAGCCAGAUAUUUGGACUGCCAGAUAGCACUCCACAGGCUGUAGAAUCUGCAGAAAAGUCACAAUUUACUGGUCCUGGAUCUGGACCGUCAUCUCACUGGACUCAAAAUGGUGUCUCUUCACCUUCAGGAGAUGCACAUAAUCCUAUUUUUUCACCCAACCUAAUAUCAUCUUUAGGAGAAAUAGAAAAUGUGCCUAGUCUCGAGAAGAUGGUAGACUCGAACACGGAGGAUGCAGCACUCUGGAGAGAUAUUACGAACCAGGCAGCAUGGCUCACCAACGAUGUAGGCGAGGAGUUUGACCAGCUAUCCAACCGAAAUGCCGAUGAUGAGUAA